AUGCUCGCCGACUCACAGACUCAGCCUCAUGGCUGGGCCUCACUCGAGGAGAGGUAUGAAGUCAUGAAAGAUAUCGGUGAUGGAAGUUUCGGAAGCGUCACCCUUGCACGCGUUCGAACCGCGGGUGCUCACGUCGCUCGUCGCGGCACUUUGGUUGCGAUCAAGACCAUGAAGAAGACGUUUGAUUCGUUUUCGAGUUGUCUGGAACUGAGGGAAGUCAUAUUCCUGCGAUCUCUACCACCGCAUCCUCAUCUUGUGCCUGCUUUGGACAUUUUCCUGGACCCCUACAGCAGGAGACUUCACAUCGCCAUGGAGUAUAUGGAUGGGAAUCUUUACCAGCUCAUGAAGGCGCGCGACCAUAAACCAAUGGAUGGCCACAGUGUAAAGAGCAUUCUGUUCCAGAUCCUUUCCGGCCUGGAGCAUAUCCAUGAUCGAGAGUUUUUCCAUCGCGACAUCAAACCAGAGAACAUCCUGGUGUCGACAUCACAGCAGAACGACUCAUCGCAUCCUUUCCGACGGUACUCGGCCAUGAUGACACCACCGUCAACACCCCCCGUUUACACAAUCAAGAUUGCCGACUUUGGUCUGGCAAGAGAGACCCACUCAAAGCUCCCAUACACCACAUACGUGUCGACGCGAUGGUAUCGUGCACCCGAAGUCUUACUGCGCGCUGGCCAUUACUCAGCUCCAGUGGACAUCUGGGCAGUCGGCGCCAUGGCUGUCGAGAUAGCAACCUUGAAACCUCUUUUCCCUGGCGGAAACGAAGUGGACCAGGUAUGGAGAGUGUGCGAGAUCAUGGGAAGUCCUGGAGGAUGGAUUAACAAGCACGGCCAACCAGUUGGUGGUGGUGAAUGGAAGGAUGGUGUAAGACUAGCCCAGAAGUUGGGCUUUUCGUUCCCAAAGAUGGCUCCUCAUUCAAUUGAUACAAUCUUGCCAGCGCCACAGUGGCCAGCAAGUUUGGCCCAGUUUGUCACAUCUUGCCUGCUUUGGGAUCCUCGGGGCAGGCCAACAUCCACACAAGCUCUAGCGCACGAGUACUUCCAAGAUGCUGUUGAUCCUCUGCGCCUGAAAUCGUCAUCCUCCAGAUUGUUGGGCCGCAAGCAGUCAGACCUUUCAGGAAAGGAUUCGCCAGAUGCCUCUCCUAGUAUUACCUCGAAAACCUCAUCAUGGCUACGGAGGUCGUUGGUUGCUCGAGAGAGUGCUCCAGCAGUCCCGCAGCACAGCCAAACGCAGACGCUGACGCCCCGCGCUUCACCUGCACACGUGAGCCCUGACGAUGCAAGCGGAUCGACCAAAAGUCGCCCCAACGUAACUAAGCGAGCCACGUGGACGAACGGGGUUCCUUCUCACGGCGCGCCAAUCCCGAUCUUGCCCUCAAUCAAGCCCAUCUCUCCAUUGUCUGCAGAAGUCACUGCACAAGCAAGUGUACGUGCUGCAGGCAAGAUCGGACGUCAGCUUUCUCAAGCUUCACACGGCAAUCACUAUGCAGACGUCCACAGGCAAGAAGCGGAGAGGGCAUUGAACGGCCAAUCAGGACUUACUUCGCCUGUCGGCGGACCCAAAGAGGGGUUCUUUUCUCACCUGAGGAAGCGCGCUCGCCGCCUGUCUGGACGCUAUCAAACUCCCAUGUCGCCGAACUCAGACGAUAUUGAGGCUAAUGCUGGUUGCUCCCCGUGGGCGAGUACUGGCACCAGACAACCUUUGAGUUUGGACCAGUCCUCGAUUGCACCAGCACCGUCGACUAACUCGGAUUAUUCGGAUUUGGACAAAGUCUUGCAGCAGGUAAGAUCUAGUGUUGAAGGCCACUCUCAACAGACGAAAGGUCAGCGCGUCGCCUCGAACCCGAUGCUCAAGCGUCACCACUCGGUGCCUCACGGACCUGAUCCGCGUGGUUCGGAAGGAGGUGUCAACGCUCCCAUCUCCAGUAGGACUAGGCGAGCAGUACAAACCAAAUCGAACCCUUCAAAUCGGUACGAAACUCCCAACGAGGAGGAGGAACUGCUCAGCGAAGUCCUUGCAUCGGCACACGAGGCCGCCAACACUCUAGAUACCCAAAAGAAUGCCCCACGGCACUCGCAAACUGAGUCGGGUCCAGCGGCAUCGUACCUCACACCGGCAUCAUCUGCCAAAGGUAACAGCACCGGGUUUGGACAAGCCGAUUCCAGCACACCCAGCAAACCUAUGGACAUUUCCAAGUCUCACAACAAGCAAGAUGAGAGCACUUCGAAGUGGCCCACUCCACCCUAUGAUGAGAAUGACUGGGCAUCGAGUGUGGCAGCCAGCCUCAUGGCCACCCAAAAGUUAUACCGAUGA